AUGAAUCUUGUAAGACUAAAGGGAGUACCAAUUUUACAGCAAUUACAUCUUGAGGAGAGACUGCUUCGAAAGUCAUCAGAUAACUGGUGCAUCAUCAAUGAUGGAACACAUGACCCAACUAUUGUCAUGGGUAUAUCAGGGAAACCUGUGGAACUUCUUGAAAUUGACCCUGUUUUACAAGAUGAACUUCCUGUUAUCCAAAGGUUUACUGGAGGAGGUACUGUUAUUGUUGAUCAGGGGACAGUGUUUGUCACAUUUAUAUGCAAUAAGGAUGCAGUUCCAGGUUUACAAUCAUAUCCUCGACCCAUCAUGUCAUGGAGCAGCCUAGUGUAUCAAAAAGUAUUUCAAGGAAUUGGGGAUUUUAGCCUUCGUGAGAAUGAUUAUGUGCUUGGCAACCACAAGUUUGGUGGGAAUGCUCAAUCCAUUAUUAAAAAUAGGUGGCUCCACCAUACAUCAUUUUUAUGGGAUUAUGAGAUCAGUAACAUGAGAUAUCUCAAACUUCCGAAGCGCACUCCUGAGUAUCGACAGGCAAGGGGCCACUUGGAAUUCAUAUGCCGCAUGAAGGAUUAUAUACCAAGGUCAAAUUUUAUCGACAGGACAAUUGAUGCAGUUGGCAACCAUUUUCUAGUGAGAUCAAUGGAGCUAGAAGCGAUUAAGUAUCCCUCAGGUACAAAAUUCCAACCCUCCAGUAGAUUGCUGAGAAAGCAAGAAUUGGAGGAGGCCGAAUUUGAUUCUCGGACAGGUGUUUUCAUUAAUGGUUUGCUCAGGAGUUUAGAUUUAUGUUCGCUAGUCAAUCGAGAAUAUGGGAUAUAUAACUUCAGCAAUUUUGGACAUGGAUGGAAUGAAUAA